AUGUUUUCCAUAUACAUCUCCUUGAAAUCCUGCAGGUCAGAUUACUUCCACCAUCAUCCUCAAGCCAUGCUUAGGGCAUUAAAUAAACAAAGAAAUCCAAACAGGUAUGGAAGGCUAGACAAGGAGCCUGAUACCACAAGUCUGUUGGCCGGAGAGUUGGAGACAUCUGAAAGCUUGCCGUCUCAAGAAGUUUUUGGUUCACCGAAGUUAAGCACGCUAGGACCAGAGUUGGCCCCUCAGGAUGUUUCUUCGGUGAAGCCCAGCAGAAGAAAGGAUAAUAAGAGCCACCCAUUGUUCAGUCUCUCUGACGGUGCAGGAAGAAAGAAGAAACCUACGGCGAGGCCAGAAUUUGCUAGGUACUUACAGUAUGUGAAGGAAGGAGGGGUAUGGGUAUGA